AUGAGUUUAUUAACCAGUUAUAGAGAUAAGAAUAAUAAUGAAACCAUGAUAGCAGAAAGGAGUGUUAAUAAUGUGAGUGAAUCUGAGAAAGUUAAUAAUAUAAAAGAAAUGAAUAAUGUGAAUGAUAUGAAUAAUAUUAAUAAUGGAGAGAAAAUAAUUGAAUAUAAUAGUAUAAAUGAUCUAAAAUAUUGUAAAAGUAUUAUAGACAUUGUAAAUUAUAUUGUAACUAUUGGUAUAUGGGAAAUGUAUACAUACGAAUGGGUAUUUAAUAGAAAGACGUUUUUAUAUUAUCAUACAUUAUUAGAGAAAUAUUAUUUUUAUGACAAAAAUAAUAAUUUGACUUUAUUUAAUGAGAAGUCUUUUUUUUUAUAUGUAUGCACAUUUGAAAAUAAUGAAUUUGUAUCUGAUUUUUUUUUUCAAAGGAAUAAAAAAAAAAAAGAAUUAAAAUUAACAAGUUAUACAAAAACUAUGCAAGGUAGAAGAAAAAAACAAGAAGAUCGUUACCUUGUUAUAACUGAUCUUACUAAAUAUAUUGAUUCAAAUGAUUAUAAAACUUUAUAUUUUUAUAAAAAAAAUCCAUUAUACUUUUAUUCUAUAUUUGAUGGCCAUAGAGGAAUAAAAGCUUGUGAAUAUUGUAUGAAUCACAUUAUAAAAAAUAUUAUUUAUUAUUUUUAUAAUCAAGAUAUGGAAGAUGAUCAACCUUCUACUACUAUUAAUAAAUUAAGUUCGAAUGAUAUUAGUAUAUCACCUGAUAAAAGAAGAAAAUUUGAUAAUGUAAAGAAUGAGGACAUAGCAUUAGGUAAUACAAGAAUUAAUAUAAAUAAUAUAAAUAAUAUAAAUGAUGUGUGUAAUAUAAAUAAUAAUAUAAACAAAUGUAAUGAAAAUUUAAAUGAUUUACAUACUGAAGGUGAUAAUACAAAUGAUAAUAAUUAUUGCAUGAACAAUAAAACAGAAGAAGAAAGAAAAGAAAAUUUAUUUAUUAAUACAACAUCUAAAAAUGAUUAUUUCUUAAAAAAUAUUUCUUCUGUUAAUCAUAUAUCAAGUAACAAUAUUUUAAAUAAUAUUCAUAGCAAUAAAAAAGAUAUUGAAAAUAACACACCAAUAAAAAAUAAAGAUAAAAGAUUAAUUGAUAGUUCGUAUUUAAAUACUAUUAGUGAUGAUGUAGAAUAUAGGAAGAAAAGAAAAGUUGAGGAAAUGCAUAUUAUUAAGCAAAAUAUAAAUAAUGAGGAACAAAUACAAAAAGAUAAAAUGAAUGAAAUAAAUUAUACAAAUUUAAACAAUAAGAACGAAUAUAUUAAUUUUAAUAUAUCGGAAGAAUGUUCCAAUAAUAUAAACCACGCUCAUAAUAAUAAGAAAAAUAAUAUAUCUGAUAAAUCCAAUUCUUAUGAAAAAUUAAAAUUUCUAGACGAAUUAACAGAUGAACAAAUAAUGGAAUAUAUAAAACUCGCCUUUUUAAAAACUGAUGAACAAUUUUUAAAAGCAUCAAAAUUUCCUAACCAUGGCUGUACUAUUAUUUCAUUAAUUAUUUUUAGAAAUAAAAUGUUUAUAGCUAACUUGGGAGAUUGUAGAGCCAUAGGGGUUGUUAAUAUAAAUAACACUUUGAAAACGGAAGUGUUGUCAAAUGAUCAUAAGCCCAAUGAUCCUAAAGAGAAGGAGAGGAUCAAAAAAAUGGGAGGAGAUGUCAUAUGCUUACAAAAUGUUUAUCGUGUUAAGGCAAAUGCUAGAAAGAAUAAUAAAGACAAGCCUAGUUUACUUGAGAGGCUUUCCAUGAAGGAGGAAGUAUAUCUUGCAGUUUCCAGAGCUAUUGGUGACAAAGACUUUAAAUUUAAUAAUGUCAUUUCAGCUACUCCUGAUGUUAUAUGUAAAGAAAUAUACAGUGAAAAAUGUAAUGACAAGAAAGAAGAAAAGGAAAUUACAAAACGUACUAAUGUUAUUGAAAAAAGCGAUAUUGAUGAAAAUUAUUUUAAGGAGACUGAUAAUUUAUAUUAUUCAGCUCACGAAAUGAAUUAUCAUUAUGUUGUUAUGGCAUGUGAUGGAGUAUGGGAUACCAUGUCUAAUAAG